UUUGACAAUUGAUUUUGUGGAAUUUUUGGGAUUUUCAGUGCGAGUGGAGAAAUAAAAAUGAUUUUCCCCCUUUUACCAUUUGUUGUGCUCCUCAGUAACCUGGUGAAUGACGCGCAGGGAGAGGAUGAAAAUAAGGCUCCAUGUCAAGAUUUGUACGGAAAAAAUAUCAAUCACGGUGCACACUAUGCUCCUGGACCGACCACCUGCGAGUUGUGCGUCUGCGAUAACGGGAAUCCGCGAGCCUGCAAGCACAUGCUGUGCAAGCCCCCACUGGAGUGCAAGUCCUUCCAAAUGAGCGACAUUUGCUGCGAGUUCGUUUGCCAGGACGAUAACUUGACCCAUAGCCACGAAAGAGGCUCCGAUCUGGGCAUAUGACUCGUGGCCACGGGUGUGACAGUCACCCUCUCCCUGUCACUCAUCUACUUCCUCAUAAAUCGCCUGCGACAGCGCAAGAUCCGUGUCCGGGAGUCUCGCCAAGUGAACGAAGAUCAAAGGAGCCUGGGCAGCAUUGGCUACAUCGCUGGCAAUAUUUCAUACAUGGGCAAUGGGUCGAUGAGCAUGGAGUACCCGUACGAGAACACCGCCAAUCACUAUCAGCUGUGGAAGCCGUCCAGUGGAUACUUCCCACGUGGAGAAGCUCCUCCGCCGUACGAGGAGGCCGUUGCGAUGAAUACAUCGUCGUGCACUGUGAGUGUGGCCACGACAACCCACCGAACAGUGCCCAUAAACAUCUGCCCUGGAGACAGCUCGAGCGAAGUGGCCCCAUCGAAUAUCACAACAAACACCACUAAUCUCAUAAACAUUAACAUUAACAAUGCCGGAAGCAUAACAGCUGUGGCUGCUGGCGAGAAUCAUCAAAUUAACAAUUCCAUCGCAGCCAUUCAGAACAAUAGCACCACUAAUACACCUACAGCCGGUGGUCAGAAUCAUCCGAGAGCAACGCAGACACAAUUCAAUUGCACUUCGGCCACGUGUAUGGUGGAAAAUGGGAAUGUUUCGGUGGCUAACAUGACUAACACUUCAUCUGCAAUCUGUUCAUACGUCACGUCGCCCCAAGAGGCAAAGAGUCAGGUGCAACAUUGUGGCACAGAUGCCGCAUUGACGAGUGGACAGAUUUGCCUCAGGUCUCCCUGCAACGGACGCACAAUUAUUCCUAAGGAUAUCGAAAUGCCAUCUCCUGGCCAGGAUAAAUCGACAACUGUGGCUGCAGAGGUGGAGGCAGAGAUGAAACUAGUACCAAUUCUACCACCACCGCUUUUUGACGGCAGUAAAUCCUUGACUCGAGACUACACUAGUGGGUCAAAGACUCCAUCGACUUAUAGACGGUAUCAUCGCACAAUUCCGCGUCACUUCACCACCAGCAACACGGAUGGGACGAAGGUGGACAAGAAAACGUGUCAGUGUCCCAUUCAGCACGUGCCAAUGACCUACAUGGGAUCGAGUCAUCUGAAUUCAGUGUCACAGAGUAUGUUUCUCACGGGAUUGCCCACAAAGUUGAUCAGCAGCAAGAACAAGAUGAAGAUGAAGCCGGACGAGACAGCGCAGCAGAGUACCAAUUUACAUGUGGAACCCAACACUUCCGUGGGGAGUUGUACAAAUAGUUUGCGUCGCGGGAGAUCACCAAAUACGAGGGUGGAUGUCAGUCCAGUUACAAUUCCACCGCCGGUGAUUCCAGUGAGCAAUUCCACGUGCGGAGCCAACAAAAUACCCACAAUUUCCAAGUAUGUCCUGAACUCAGAGAUGACCAAGUCCAUAACUGAGGUGGAAUUGCACCACACCAAUUCCUUGCCGCAGACGCCAAAUCAGGCUCACCCCCGUCAUGUUCAGUCGAUUCUGAAGAAUACCACGACGUCGGCGGGAAAGAGCACGAAGGACGUCACCGCUUCCGUGGACGUACCACCAUUUCCCAUUCAAUUGAUCGAUUCCAUGUCGUCGGUUGUACAACAGAAGCCAAAUCCGGCUCUGCCACCAAAGAUGAAUCGGAACACACAGAGAUACCAUGUUGUCAGUGGAGUGGGAAAAAUUCAGACAAUCUCGAAGGCGAGCGGACCUCCAGCUCCACACUAUGUGCCACGGAUGAUUCCCUACAGUGCCACUGCGUCCAAUCAAUACUGUAAAUCCUUGCCGCGCAACGAGGAGGCUCUGAAAAGUAUGCAGGCUUUUGCCUUUGACUCGCGAAUGUCAGAGAAGUCGCACAGUCUUCACAAGAUCAACAGUCAACUACCCACAACGACCAAUGUGUAUGGUUUCCCACCAGCAAUCAACCACAUCACCUACUCACUGCCAAAAACCUCCGUGUCCAGCUCGUCGGGCAAGAACAGCACCAGAUGCUCAAUAUCCGAGGUCGUGAGCAAAGUACCUUCCGUCAUAAACAUCCCAUCGCCCACGACCAAUAUUAGUGGUCUGAUGCAGAGUCACCAUCAGAUGCAACGAUCGCAUAUGUCUGGCAGAAUGGGCACAUUGCACAAGGGUGAGGAGAAGCCACUGCCCGUGUGCACGACAUCGAAGAACUGCUCCAAUCCGAAGGAGCACUUUCUGCCCAAUGACACAAGUCUAGAUGACGACUAUCUGAGCGAGUGUGAGAAUUGUAAAUCGGCACACGGAUCGCGCUACUAUCUCGAUGCAGAGACGGAGGAAUCGCCUCAGGAGACAAUGACAUUGCAGAGAAAAAUGCCUGAUAACGAAGAAGAUCAGCCCUACUAUCGAGCUUCACUCACAUUGCCGACAAACACCAAACAAAAGUCCGCAUCCCUGAAAAACAGCCGAGAGACUUGGUUCAGCUCCAUUCCGGGCAGCUCAUCAUCAGACGACGAUGUGUGUGAAUGAGACUUAAGCAAUCUUAUUUAAUUUAAUACCACCGGC